AUGUCGUACAAGUCCGAAUACCCUUCCGGCGUCCACGUCGACCCCGAGAUCAAGUCCUUUUUCGAGAACUUCUACGCCAUCUCAGACACGCCCGGCGACCACGACAAGUACGUGGACCAGUUCGCGCCUGACGCGACCUUUGUCCUUGCCUCGAACAAGUCCACCGGCCAUGAGCAGAUCAAGCAGAUGAGACUCGGCAUGUGGGCCAAUGUGACGUCUCGCAAGCAUACUAUCCCCAAGAUCGCACCGCUCAACGACAGCGAGUUCCUUCUUUACGGGACAGUGGCGUUUGAGCUCAAGUCGGGCGACAAGGCCGCUCUGGACUGGGCGGGUCGGGCGGAGAUAGAGAGGAUCAGCGAUGAUGGCAAGUGGCGAUUCAAGUUCUACCAGGUAUAUCUCGACACGGGUGCCUUGAAUGCAUACAGGAAGUAG